AUGUCUAGAAAGUAUGUGUGUAUUGUCAUGGAAAUGUCGAUCAUGAUCCAGAACGGACCCCAAGACCAAAGAAAAAAAGGGGCACAAAACCACAAGCGACCUUCAGCCAGGACAGUCAGGAUGGCAACUCCGGAAGAUUCCCAUGUCCUCAGGCAGCUGAUUGACCAGAUCGAUGGCGAACUGUCCACCUUCAACACCGUUGGUGCAGGAUCCGACCAGUCGCUCACCAGCUUCAGCACCAGCCAAGGUUCUCUGGCUCCUUCAGAUCAAACAGACAGUAAAGGAGAAUCAUCGCUCUCACUAGACUCGCAAGGAUAUCAGGAUUCGCGUGCAUACCAACCCCACUACCCAACCCUCCAACAACAAACCAGACAACAUGUUACCUCUGCAACCUCUGCCAUCUUUGGCUCUUCAUUCGAACGACCUAAUCAACAACAACAGCACCAACCCCUUCCGCCAACAACAACAACAAACUAUGGCUCUACCUCACUCAACAUGAACGGCAGCUACUAUAUGGGACCUCGUGCGCCUCAAUACAUCCCCUCACCACUCGCCUCGCCCAUCUCCCCUGACCAACCGACUGCGCUGCCGGGAUUGGAUCAAGAAGGAGAUACGCUCAUCGACUCUGCUGAAAGGUCACGCCAGUCGACAUCGUCUCAGGGGUCGCUUUUGGCUGUUAGUGAAGAUAUUGCACAGGACCAAAUUCAGCCCUCUUACACCCCAGAGGUGAUAUUUGACUUGGAAGAGGUGUCAAUUGUUGAGGGAGAUAGGGAAUAUGAUCAGGUCGUGCCCGCGGAGCAAGGAUUCGAUGACCAGAUCAAAGUCGAUGUGACAGAGCUGUACGACAACUUUGGGCAGCCCCCUUCUACGACUGCCAAGAGCAACGACACCUUGAGCAGCGUUGGUGGAAUGACAAAGAUCGAGACCCACAUCCCUGACUCGCCUUUGACGCUCAAGUUGCCGGAACUUUCGUUCUCGAGUAGCGAUUUGGGCUCACUUCUCGCCAGUGGACCUGAAGGUAUCGAAGGAGAGGGAGACAAGAGGACACGCUCACACACCUUUCACGGAACGGCCACCGACAUUGUCGACUUGACUCAGGAUAACGGUGCCAACGACGCCUCUCAGCCAUCACCUGCCCUCCAAUUCACCGGCCCUUCGCCUGUCCUGCCUCCAGCCAACUCGUUAAAGUAUCCUGCAGCCUUCCCACCACACCAGUCCUCUCCCUUGAAAGUAGGCUACUUUCCAUCAAACGACUCUGCGCGGGAUCUCAGUCGAACCAAUACUAUGACUGGCAAUAACGAGCAAGAUCUAGAAGCCGGAGGGCCAGAAGACAACUUGUCGCACAUUAAGGAUCUUACUCGGACGGACAGGAAGAGAUUGAGCCUUGUUACUUCCGGUAUGGGUCUGGCUGCAGCAUCAGCUGCUGCGGCCGCGUCUCGGACACAGCUGGACAAUACGGCUGGGUCGGAAUCAGGCCUUGGAAAAAGCUUUCUGGACCUUCCAAGCUGGGACCUCGCCCCUCUGUCGCCACCAGUCGAUGUCAAGGAGACCAUGGCCUCGACGGCGACAUCAUCUGCAUCCACUUCGCCCAUGAAUGCCCGCCGUGCAUCGCUUGGAUCAAAACUACAGGACUCUCCUGGAACUGACUCCCCAUCCGUCAACGACAUCCUGUCCCCAGCUUCUGCGACAUUGAUGACCCCAACAACACCUUUAACGACUCGUGAAGCGAGGAUCCUGGCUGGGCGUGAGGCUUUGCUUCGUACGAUGCCUGACAAGCAGCGGCUCCAGAGAGGGAUAUCUGCCUCCUCGACAUCGUCGUCCAUUGCAUCGUCCAGCGAAAAGUCGACGGUGGUCGGGCAGGAUAUGGGUCAUGCAGGUCAGGAUGCGCAGGAUGCCGCCCGAAGUGCAGCUACAAAGAGCCGACAGAGCCACAGAAGCGUUCAGAGCCAGUCCAGUGAAGGAGGUGUCUUUGGGGCUGUCCCAGGUCGUGGCCAAUUGGUGGAUGUCCCACCCGAGAAGUUGGUCUUUCCGGACUUGAGUCUGAAGCCAAUUCCACUCAAAGCAUACCGCGUCCGCAAGAUGACACUGCAGGAGAGGAACAUGACCUACUCACUCGCCUGCGAAGAAUUCACUCGAGCAAGAUCUGGCCUUGAUGUCUGGGCACUGCGCUGCAUGAUGCAGGAUCGUCCAGCUUUGAUGAAAGAUCCGCCGGCGAUUGUCAGAGCUAUUGUUGGAAAGCAGGCGCAAGGCCACGGUGAUACUUUGGUGUCCAAGUUGUCGAUGGCUAAUGGUCGCAUGACACCCAGUGCCCUUCACGCCGGUAGUCCUCUGACCAGCAGCAUCAGCAGCGGCCAUGGAUUAGGCGCCAGGAUCAAAAACGCAGGCAAGCGCUUGUCAAUGGAUAUCUCGGGUGGCAUGGCACCCACCCCUGAGCCACACCAUCCCUCCGGCACUGGCUCCGUGCUCUACAAGCAAAAGAGCACCAAGUCUGCUGUAGAGCUGGGAUCCUGGUCCCCUGGGCUGGCUCGCAACUUGUCGAGCCUCGGUGCGGCUGCUGUCAACUCUGCCAUACCUCCUGCACCGCAAGUGGCGAGCGGCCGCAGGAACUCUUCUUCUGCGUCGUUGCAUCGCGCUGGAUUGAUUUCGUCUCCGUCCUCUGGGGGCUCGGCGUUCCUGUCCCACCAAAAGCGUAACAGUAUUGCUGCUGUUGGUCAACAAACCCCUCUGUCAAACUCACUGAGAAGUCGAACUAUGUCGGAUGUCCAGGCUGGAAGUCGAAUGUCCAUGCUUGGAAAGGAUUCGCCUGUGAAUCGAACGAAUAGCAGCAGCAGUAUUGGAUGCCAGAACAAACAGCAACAGGGCUCUGACUUGGCUAUUUCUCCUCUCCCUUACCGCUCUGGUGGACCUCUUGCGCUCAUUUCCCCCACAACUACGUCUUCCCCGCCCAUCGCCACGUCUUCUGCCUUCAUGGAGCGCCCCGUCAAGAGAAGCCUUUCGAGUCAUUACACCCGCCGUCCUGCCAGCAUGAUGAUUGUUCCGAGCGCUGGGCAGAUCUCAGGAACAAGUCCAGUGCCACGAUCCACCUCCAAUGGAUCGCUUGGCUCUCUGUCGAGCUCCUCUCUCGGAUCUGCGUCGUCAAGCACUGUGUCUGACUCAUCAAAGGGCACAGGAGACUUGAACACCUCAUCAACUACGUCUUCUCUGGCAGCUGGGCUAAAGCAGCAGCAGCAGGACUCGGCAACGACAGAGAGCGCGCGACCAACCUAUGCUUACCAACCUGAUGGAACUGCGAUCCCGUAUGCUGAUGAGACAAAGAGCAAGGAUGAAAUCUAUUCACCCUUGACCUCCCCCAUCAUGAUUCCGAUCGGUGGGUUCCCAGUUGCUCGGCCCAGCGUGCAGACAAACAGCUACCAGGCCAGCGGUGGAUGGUCGAGUCCGCUCUCAGCAGGAGGUGGAGGACUGUCACGGCCCUUGACAUAUGCAGGACCAUCCUCAGCAGGUCUUGGAUCGAGCUCUUCGCUAGUCACUUCGCCUGCGACUGUGGCGAGAGAGCAACAACAGUCUCAGCAGCAUCAGCAUUGGCAACAGCAACAACAACAGAGACAACAAUCCUUCGCACAAGGGUACCUCUCGCCCACGACACCCGACCGUGGAAUGGUGGAGCCUUUCAAGGAGAAGACAGAAAAGAGCCACCGGUACUCGUCUGCGUCGUUCUCGUCGAUUGCGUCGUUUGCCAAGAACCAGAAGCGGAACAGCAAGAAGGAUCGCAAGAAGGAGCUACAACAGGAGCAGGAGCAAUUGGGGCAACAACAAGAAAAGCAGAAGCGUGCGUUAGACCAGCGGUAUUCUGUGGCGGCGGUGCCGUUGAGCCAGUCUCCGUCGCACAACAGCGAUUAUUUGACGGAGCAGAGUCUUGACAAGCUGAGCGAUGUGUUGCCACAUGUGGACCGGGACCGGCUGUCGAUAUAUCUGCAGCAGGCGUAUGGCGAUGAGAUGGUGGCGAUUGGGCUUGCUAUGAGCGACCUCCGUUCUGGUCAACUCUAG